AUUGUCAGCAGACAGGGUUGUUAGGUUAUGUCGCGUCGAGGUCACUUAAAUCGGAUUAAUUUUACGCAAUAGAGAGGAUGCAACGUAACUGUUUGGCCACAGGGGCCUCGGGACUUCGUUUUAACUGUUGUUGAGUACACGAUGUGUACCGCGGACGCGUGGAAAAUUGCAAAAGUUGCGAACUAUGGAAUUUUACCUCGAAUUAUGGCGUUCAGACGACAGCGGACGGACGGGUUAUACACGGCGCUACGAACGAAUUCGUCCGCCGCCUUUGCAGGUCAAAGUGAUCCGCGUGAAAUUCACAAUUCAACUGUUUGGCAGAUAAUCAUGGAAUUGGAAAAUUGUAAUUCGCAUGGAGAUCAUGAAAACACGGCACCAAAUACACCUCAACACGAAAAUGAUCCUACCGGCACUAAAAAGUGGUAUCGACAAGCUAGCCAAAGAAUUUUUGUCAACCGUAGUCUUCAUUUAGAGAAUAUCAAAUUCUAUGGCUUCGAUAUGGAUUACACGUUGGCGGAGUAUAAGUCGCCGCAGUACGAGCAACUGGGUUUCACGUUAUUGAAGGACCGUCUUGUAUCUCUGGGAUACCCGCAAGAAAUCAAAGCAUUCGAAUACGACCCAAGUUUUCCGGUACGAGGACUAUGGUUCGACACACUUUAUGGAAAUCUUCUUAAAGUGGAUGCCUAUGGAAACAUUCUGGUUUGCGUUCACGGCUUCGAAUUUUUGAAACAUUCGCAAGUAUACGAGCUUUAUCCAAACAAAUUUUUACAAUUGGACGAGUCCAGGGUAUACGUGCUCAAUACGUUGUUCAAUCUCCCUGAAACGUAUUUAUUAGCAUGUUUGAUAGACUUUUUCACGAAUUCGCCUCAAUACACCCGCGAAAAGACAGGGGUGAAAGAAGGUGAACUAACGAUGAGCUUCAAAAGUAUAUUUCAAGAUGUUAGGAACGCGGUGGACUGGAUCCACCUCCACGGUGAUCUUAAAUCAAAAACUAUUGAGAAUCUCGAUGAAUAUGUAAAGAAAGAUCAAAGGCUACCAAUGUUUUUGAAUAGGAUCAGAGAAAGCGGAGCGAAAGUGUUCCUUUUAACAAAUAGCGAUUACGUUUUUACUGAUAAGAUUAUGACUUAUCUAUUUGACUUUCCUCAUGGAGCAAAGUCUGACGAACCCCACAGAAAUUGGAAAACUUAUUUUGAUACUAUCGUAGUAGACGCUAGGAAACCAUUGUUCUUUGGUGAGGGUACAAUUCUAAGACAAGUAGAUACCAGAACUGGGGCUUUAAAGCUUGGAACUCAUAAAGGACCACUUCAUACAGGUGAAGUUUAUUCUGGAGGUUCCUGUGAUGUUUUCACGGAACUGAUUGGCGCUAAAGGCAAGGACGUAUUAUAUAUUGGAGAUCAUAUAUUUGGUGAUAUUUUAAAGAGCAAGAAAAUUAGGGGUUGGAGGACGUUCUUAAUAGUACCUGAAUUGGUUCAAGAACUUCAUGUUUGGACGGACAAAUGUCAAUUAUUUGCUGAGUUACAAAAUUUAGAUGUUAUGUUAGGAGAAAUGUACAAAAAUUUAGAUAGUAGCACAAAAGAGAAACCUGACAUUUCCAAAUUGCGGGCAUCGAUAAGAGACGUUACGCACAAAAUGGAUUUAUCAUACGGAAUGAUGGGUUCGUUAUUCCGUAGUGGUAGUAGACAAACAUUUUUCAGUAGUCAGCUAGUGAGGUACGCUGAUUUAUAUGCAGCAACUUUUUUAAAUCUCAUUUAUUAUCCAUUUUCAUACAUGUUUCGAGCUCCCGCCAUGUUGAUGCCUCAUGAGAGUACAGUAGCUCACGAACAAAGAUUUGUUAUGGAAACACCGAUGAUUAGUCGAUCACGAACUUUUAAGCUUAAUGAGGAAGAAGAAGAACAAAGUAAACCUCCUAAAACAUUGUACGUGGAUUGUCCCAACAAUCAAAUACCACAUGCAAGACCUGAAACUCCACGUAAUGUAACACAUACACACGAUGAAGAUUGUAGCGACGAAGAUAGCGAUUCCCAGAAACAAGCAAAUCAUGUAAGAUUAUGCCCAAGGAAUUCCAAUUGUAAUUGAAUUAUUUUUUAUGGUAACACUCUUUGACAGCUUAUUAAGAAUUAAAAGAUUUAGUACAAUUCUACCACAUGAUAGCUGUACUUAAAGAUUUUGAUGAAAUUCAUUAAAUUAUGUCGAUUAUUAUAUGCCAUUCCAAUAUUUUUUCAUACACGGAAUAAUAUUGCGAUUUUGCUAGUUGGUUGCUAUGUUUAAGAAUUUUUCUCAAAUUCAUUGAGCUUUUUUAUAAUUAGCAAGCUUCAUAUUUACAUAACAGCAAUAGAGAAAAAGUUCAUAAAUUCCUUCGUAUUAUUUUUAUCUUCACAACGGUGUCCGUGAAAUAAAUAAUUCGGUAUGAAUAUAGUAUAUAGAUGUUAAUGUGUUGGAACUGAAUUUAUUGUCAUAUAAUAUGACUUGAAAAGUUGCAAAUUACGAAUUAUUGUAAAAUGCAUUGUAUAUUAGUUUGCACGUUAAUCUAUAUCUUGUUGACUCUGCUUCAUAUUUAUUUAAACGUAUGCUUAAAAUAAUAGAAGAUACAUUAAAAAAUUUAUAUACUCCUUUGUGAGUUCAUAAAUUAUUAUCAUGCUUCAAAGAAGAAGUCGAUCAAGUGUAUAAUAUUAAACAUUGUUUUAUACUAGUAAUUAUUUUCUGAUAAAAAGUGAUAGCCGUUCUAUCAAUAUUUUUCUUUGGUUGUGUUUUAGUUUUUGGUACAUAUGAUUCUCGCACAAUAAAUUUGGAAUUUAUAGAUAUUUGCAUUAUGCAAAAUAUGUUAAUAUCAAACCUCUUCAAAUAUGUAUCAUAUGUUUUAUAGAUUUAAUCUUAUGAAACAUAAAUUCCCCAUAAAUUGAACGAGUAUAGUUAGUGUUACAGGCAUUGAAAAUACUGUAAGUUUGAUUAAUUAGGAUAGUCUUUUUACGCGAAACUUUAGCUUACUGAAAUUAUACGAAUAGGAUAGUAAAAUUGAAUGAGCUAAUGAAAAUUAUUACAAAAAUGUAUUAUUUCCUCAUUUAUGAAAUGUACUGAUAAUAAUAGGGAAAAUGAAAUUUAUGAAUUGUAAAUGAUUAUAUUAGAAACUUAUUAUUAUCAGCUGUGUAUAUUACUGAGAUUGAAAAUCUUCGACUGCAAUAAAAUAAACAGUUAUGAUUAUUUAUUGUACAAUAUAUAUAUAAUACAUAUAUGGUAUGGUAUAUGUUAGUUAUAUAUAUAUAUAUAUGUUAGUUGGUGCUAGACUUCUUUUCUAUUGCAAAUUUGAUUUUUUUGCAAAUCAGUAAACUCCAUGUAUCAAAGUUGAAAAAAUAUAUGCUAUACUUUAUUAUCAUGUAAUAUAUUAAUAAAAUAUCGAUUACGUAUUAAUCAGAAUAAAGCUAUAAUGAUUAUAAUUAUAUUUAUUUAAAUAUGACUAGUGUUGUGUAUAGAAAUUGUUAUAUUUCUUCAAUGGUAUCAGCAAUAAAUAAUUUUUUGAUAUUA